AUGGAUGCCAAGAAAACUAAUGGGGAACGCCGCCGCAUCACCAUCAAGCUCUGGCCCCCAAGUGAGAACACCCGCCAGAUGCUUGUCGAGCGGAUGACCAACAACCUCUCCAACUCCACAAUCUUCACCCGUAGGUAUGGCAGCCUGGAAGUUCCUAAGGCCACAAAACACGCUAAGGAAAUCGAGAAGUUGGCUUUUGCUACCGCCAGCCAGCACUAUGAACAGGAGCCAGAUGGGGAUGGAAAUUCGGCUGUCCAGCUGUAUGCCGGGGAGUGCAGCAGGCUCAUACUGGACGUGCUCAAAGGUGGAGGCUCCAAACUAGACGUAAAAGAAGAGCCCUUAACAAAACCUGAAACCCUUUUCGACAUUUCCAAAGGUCAGCGGGCUUUUAUAGAGGAAGAUGAGGCCCGAACGCUUUUGGGCCCGUUGAGUGAACCUGAAAAUCAUUACACCAAGAUAUGUUUCAGCAACCGGAGCUUUGGACUUGGGGCGGCUCGUGUUGCCGGGCCCAUCCUGGCAUCCAUCAAGAACCACCUGAAGGAGGUGGACUUAUCGGAUUUUGUUGCGGGCCGGCCCGAGGCAGAGGCGCUGGACGUGAUGAAAAUCUUUUCCGAAGCUUUAGAAGGUUCCGACCUGAGGUAUCUUAAUAUUUCCGACAAUGCCCUUGGCGAGAAGGGAGUCAGAGCGUUUGGGAAGCUCUUGAAAUCUCAGACCAAAUUGGAGGAACUGUAUUUGAUGAAUGAUGGGAUUUCCAAGGAAGCAUCUCAAGCAGUGUGUGAGUUAGUUCCCUCCACAGAAUCACUUAAGGUCCUUCAGUUUCACAAUAACAUGACUGGGGAUGAGGGUGCUGCUGCAAUUUCCGAAAUUCUUAUGCGAUGCCCUCUUUUAGAGGAUUUCCGUUGCUCGUCCACUAGGGUCGGGUCUGAAGGAGGCAUUGCCCUUUCUGUGGCCCUUUCCAAAUGCAAGAACUUGAAGAAAAUGGAUCUUCGUGACAACAUGUUUGGGGUUGAGGCUGGUGUUAAGCUGAGUGAGGCUCUCCACAAUCCCGAGCACCUUACUGAGGUUUAUUUGAGCUACUUGAAUUUGGAGGACGAUGGUGCAAUUGCAAUAGCCGAUGCCUUGAAGGACUCGGCACCGUCACUGUGUGUUUUGGAGAUGGCGGGAAACGAUAUAACUGCCGAGGCUGCUCCCAGCUUGGCUGCUUGCAUUUCUAGUAAGAAGGGUCUCGUGAAGUUGAAUUUGUCGGAAAAUGAUCUCAAGGACGAUGGUGCUGUCCAGAUAAGCAAGGCUUUUGGAGACCGGUUGAGUGAAGUUGAUCUGAGCAUGAACUCCAUACGAGCUGCGGCUAAAGUCUUGGCCAGGAGAGUGGUGAGCCUGCCUGAGUUCAAGUUGUUGAAUUUGAAUGGGAACUGCAUUUUGGAUGAGGAUAUCGACGAGCUGAAGUGUAUAUUUGAAGAUUGUCCUGAUAAACUGGGGCCGUUGGAUGAGAAUGACCCUGAUGAGAAUGAUGAUGACAGGGAGGGCGGGGAUGAUGAAGACAGCGAGGAUGAAAUCGAGAAGAAAUUCAAGAAUCUCGAUGUUAAUCAUGAUGAUUGA